AUGGAGUAGAAAAUUUAAAAUCAAACAAAAGAAAUCUAUUUGAAUCAAAAAGCGAAGUCAAAAUUAAUCUUGGUGAAAUUCCAUUCGAUUUAGCAACAUCAAUAAAUCAUUAAAAUUUUUAAUAAUCAAAGCAAAGUUAUUGCAAUUAAUAACAAUUAUAAUAAUUAUAAGAAUCUAAUAGAAUGGAUGAUUAGUAUGAAAUAAACAUUCGAACAAAUGGACCUGUAAAAGAAGAUAUUAUGUCUUUCUUAUAAUUAUUAGGAUGUGUAGAAAUUCUUAAAAUUGAUAAUAGCUAAGAUAAAGAUUUUAAUUAUGGAUAAAACAAGAGUUUUCACCACUAAAAUUGAAGUUGAAUUAAAACAUAUUCAAAUUUUUUAUAAUGAACUUUUCAAUUUCAUUAUGAAUAAUAAUACUGCUUUUAAUUCUUGA